CACCCACGAUAUUAGAGUGUGGAGAAGGUCACAGAUCGAAGUUCUCGUCAUUCCAACAAACGCCCUUAGAUCAUAAGUCUAGUGGUCAUCAAGGGACGUUACCCAAGGCUAAAAAAAAAGUGUGACCUGUCCUUGUGGAGGGCGGAGUGGUCACCACGGAUGUGUGGUCAAACAGCAGGCGAGAGUUGCGUGGAAGUUCAGGAGAACAGUUUCAUUUGGACAAUCCACUGAGUUCUAAAACCAUGUCUGGAUAUUUCAACCAUUUAGGCCACCGAUAAGAGGAGGAACAAGAAGCCAGGUCCAGAAGCUCUCAAAUGGAUUACUUGUGGGAGAGUGAGAAGAAAAUGAAAGAAGAGCCACCAGCUCAGACUACAGAACCACUGACACACCCGACUACGUCAGAAGUUACGUCCGAACAUCUAAAUGAGGUGCCUGCUGCACUUUAUUCACGGAUGCCACUGGGGAAAAAAUUUACAGGAGAAUGUGUACGCAAGAAACACAAAUUCGUCACGGUCUACUUACUGGAUGCUGACCUGUGGAGAAGGUUUAUUGACGUCGGUACGGAGAUGAUCAUUACCAAAAAGGGGAGAAGAGUGUUUCCAGUUCCAUCUUACAUCAUCUGUGACCUUGACUCUCAGAAACUGUACAAUGUCACCUUACAAAUUGAAUCGGUUGAUAAUGCUGUUCACAAAUAUUUCAACAAUGAGUGGGUCACGUGCAAGGAAGGCGCCCAGCUCUACCCAACGCCCAUACCAGGGAGAAACACGUAUUUACACCCCUACUCGCCAAACACUGGGGCGCACUGGAUGCGGGAGCCAAUCACAUUCUCGGGAUUAAAAAUUUCAAACAACCUUGACGCUCUUGGAACUAUUGUCCUUCAGUCCAUGAGGAAGUACCAAAUGAGUCUGAUUAUCUCUGAGCUGAGUGGCUCUAUGGAGGUACACAUUCCUCAACCGGAAACACAGUUUGUGGCGGUAACACAAUAUCAGAACGAGCAAGUGACCCAGAUGAAAAUUGAGCACAACCCUUUCGCUAACGGCUUUCGUUUUGCCUCUAAUAAAAGAGAGAAGAACAAACUACACACUUCAUUUGAAGAUGAUGACAGUCUGUAUGAUGUGUCUCCACAGAGAUCACCUAAGACACAUUCGUCCAGUACCCCUAAAUCUGAAGGCAGUGUGUCUCAGAUACAAGACAAGACAUUUCAGAGCUCAAAACUCAAGAAAUCUUCGUCCAAUCCAUCCCAUUUGUACAACUCUUUAGACAAUUGGUCCAAUCCAUAUGGCGGAAAGACGGGGGGAUUUUUGCCAUACACAGAAAGACUGGACCUGGCUAAAACCUUAUCUUUGUCCAGCUACAUGUUUUCAAACGUUGGUGUCAAUCCACUGGCUCAGGUCAGACAUCUCGGUCAAAGGCAGCUAGGAGUGGACACGGCACCAUUGGCGUUGGUGAAGAAAAGAAAAAUUGCUGAAGAAAACUCCACGACAAAAGCCAACUUCAAAAGGCCAUGUUCCAAUAGCCAGCAAACGUCGGCCAACAAGUAUGGUGAAGGCGGAAGUAAACGUUUGGAGCGAGACCCAGUGGAGAUGGCUCUGCUGAAUGAUCCGGACUAUAUGAAGAUGUAUGGAUUUCCUUUGUUGACUCCAGUUGAUGCAAUUCCAAACUGGCAGCCGUCGCCAACAGACCUCAGGAAAAAGGUAAAAGGCGCGCAAUUUGAAGAAGGCGAGGCAGUAAAGGAAACAGCUUUAAGCUUGCAACCAGAAAUUACAUUGAAAAAUAGAGAUCUAUGGGAAACAACUCACGAAGUCGUCGUUAGUGCUGAAGGAAGGCUGAUGUUUCCUUUUAUUGCGUUGUCUGUCCAACAUCUGGAACCCAAUAGACAGUAUUAUGUCAGCUUGGAAUUGACUCCCGCUUCAAAAUGGCUGCAUGACUAUAUUGAUCACGAGUGGACGCCAAGUAUGGAAGCCUCACAAGACUUCAGGGUCAGCCCAUACCAACAUCCAGAGAACCCAAAGACUGGUCAAGAGUUAGAGUCUGGGAUACUGUUUGACAGGCUGCGUCUCAGUUCAGCAAGACAAGGGAAAAAUGUGCUCAAAGUCCAACUCAGAAGACAGUACUAUCCAACCAUUGUGCUCCGCACUGGUCUUCAGACGUGGCAGUAUCUUCUGAAAGAUGCAAUGUUCAUUACAGUCAGUAUAGACAGAUCCCAAUGCCACCACCAACAAAAAUCUCAAGAUGAAGUCAAUGAGAAUACUUUAAAUCUGAUCAAGUCAGAGGUCAUGUUAAGGUCAUCUCAAAGAAAGCAAACUACAGAUCCUAAAAGAAUGUCUCGCGAGAAUAACAGAAAUGAAAUGGAGCUACAGUAUGAAGAACUCUCCAACAGGGGUCUGCUUAAUGAAGAACGUUUUAUACAAAAGACUAGCCAAGAAAGAGAUUUGACUCUCCAGACUUCCAACUCUACUUGCAGAUCAGCUGGUGUGGAAAUGACAGCUCACGAUCAUGGGCUGUUAGACCUGGAGGUAUCACCUCCCUGCCAGAGCGUUAGGAACUGGCACAUUCCACAUUUUCCUGAGCCUUCCAUCCAAAACAUCCAGCAAUAUUUUUCUGAAACAUCGAAAAAACAUGACGGCGGCGUAUUGCAGUGCACUGCUUCACCUGGAAAGUCCACAGACUAUAGAAUAUUUCAACUGAAUCAGUUCCUUUCAGGAAGCUCCAUCAGCUAUGCAUCAACUGCUACUGUGGUAGAAGAGGAUCCUUCUGGACAUAUCAGCAAAGACGUUAGUGCCGUGAACGAUUCCUUUACCACUACCAUCAGUAGCUCAUACGAGAGUAACAAUGAGGACAUAGUGGUCGAUGAUCUGGAUAAAGAUGAAGGUAAAGAUGCUCAGUUUACUAAGCCAUUCCUAUUUCAAGAAAAUCCUGAAGAAAAGCCCGAGACCUCUUCAUUUCUGAGCCAGAGACAAUCAAACAGUAGCAUGGACAGUGGACAUACAGUGGGGGACAUACAUAGACAAGAACGGUGGCAGAUUUCAGAUUCUAACAUUUGUUUGAACAAUAGGUCUCUACAUUCUGUGGGGAACAGCAAACAGAGGUAACAUUUGUUUGAACAAUAGGUCUCUACAUUCUGUGGGGAACAGCAAACAGAGGUAACAUUUGUUUGAACAAUAGGCCUCUACAUUCUGUGGGGAACAGCAAACAGAGGUAACAUUUGUUUGAACAAUAGGCCUCUACAUUCUGUGGGGAACAGCAAACAGAGGUAACUUUUGUUUGAACAAUAGGCCUCUACAUUCUGUGGGGAACAGCAAACAGAUGUAACAUUUGUUUGAACAAUAGGUCUCUACAUUCUGUGGGGAACAGCAAACAGAGGUAACUUUUGUUUGAACAAUAGGCCUCUACAUUCUGUGGGGGACAGCAAACAGAUGUAACAUUUGUUUGAACAAUAGGCCUCUACAUUCUGUGGGGGACAGCAAACAGAUGUAACAUUUGUUUGAACUAUAGGCCUCUACAUUCUGUGGGGGACAGCAAACAGAGGUAUCAAAUCGUUGAUUCUAACAAUGGUCUGUAAGGUUUGCUUUCAAUAUAGGACUAAGCAAUGUCUAUUGAAAUAUUUACAUCACUUAUUGUUUUAUAGAAGACUAAAGUAUUUGUACAGAUGUAAUAAAAAAUGACAGUGAAUUUAUAGAAAAUGUUUGUUGUUUCCAAUAAUUUUGUUAAAACCUAUUUGUUAGAAAAAUUUUAGCAUGAACGAAAGUGGCUUUUUGUUUCCUAAGUAGUUUGUGCCAAGCAAGCAUCAGACAUGAUGUUCAUUCAUUUAACAUAUACCAGAUCUGUUUUUUUUAUUUCAUUUAUUCAUAUAC